CAUUGGCCAGCACUGGCCAGCACAAUAAUUGAUAUCGUUAUCUUUAUCUUAACAGUGAAGCUGCAGAUAAAAUUUCUGCCCUGUUCUUGGUUUUAAUACGAUCCUACUACAUCACCUGAUUUGGCAAUUGACACGUCGAAUCUACGGACUCCUUGAAAACAUAUUGUUAUUAUGGCAGCUCAGGUACACGAAUUCAACGUCGACAUGACGUGCGAGGGAUGCUCGACGGCUGUCCAGAAUGUCCUCAAGAAAAAAGCAGGUAUCGAUGACAUCAAAAUAGAUUUACCAGAGAAGAAGGUAUUCGUGACCACUGCGCUCAAUUCGAAUGAGAUUUUAGAAACGCUCAAGAAAACAGGAAAAACUUGCCAGUUUUUACAGACUCAUUAAGGAAAUUAAUAAGGGAGUGAUUUAUGUGACGUGAUUGUAACAGGUGCUGCUAAAUAUAUCAGGCAUACAUUGUAACAGA